GCAAGUGCUCGCAUUUACCAUACAAAACUCAAUAUCCUGCUUUGCUGUUUGUCCACCACCAGAAACGCUUACUCAUCUCACCACCAUGCGCUUCCUCUCCACUCUCGUCACGACGCUCGCGUCCGCCUCGGUUGCGUCGGCCGCCAUCGCCGGCUUCACCGUGCCCAAGGUGAUUGUGGCCGGCGAGCCCUUUACGCUGACGCUCGUCUCGCAAAACAUCAGCAACCAAGCCAACCUCGACGUGGCGGUAGCAUGGGGCUUCUCCAACGGCACCGGCUUCCUGGGCACCCUGGGCCGCCACUACAACUCGACUGGGCUGGGCUGGCCCCUGAGCAACCGCGGCGGCAACAAUAUUGACCUCAACGUCACAGCGCCCGAGCAGCUCGACGGCUUCGAGUACACGCCCGGCGCAAACCUGACCCUCACCAUUGGCGUCUACUCCAUCUACGGUGUCUCGGGCGGCUACAACCUCGUCACUUGGAACAACACCGUCACCGUCGGCGACGAGGUUAGCAGUGAGACGGUUACCAGCUUCAGCAGUCACAAUGCUGUCGGGUUCAGCUCAUGCAAGUAGUCAUCAAACAAAGACGCCGUGUCUGGUGGCGGCGCAUCAUGCGGAAAUGUGAAUACAUAAAGAUGGAAUGAUAAACAACCAUGUAUACAUAGACUAGAUGGUAUAUAUUGCUUUCUCACCCAAAUGCAAAAAAAAAGUCGACCAAAGCAAAAAGGUCAAACUCGC